UCAAGAUCAAGGUUUUGCCGUGAUCAAGGUCAGUUUCGCUAUGGUCAAGGUCAAGGUUUCGCCAGUCAAGAUUUCACCAUGAUCAAGGUUAAGUUUCGCUGUGUUCAGAGUCAAGGUUUCACCAUGUUUAGGGCCAAG